GAGCCUAGCGCGGCGGGGAGUGUACCCGUUGGAGCCGGCCCCUGCUCGUGGCAGCCUGCUGUCACCUUCUCGUCUGGCAAUGGGGAAUGGACUCUCGGACCAGACGCCCAUUCUCUCCAGCCUGCCUUCUUUCCAGAGUUUCCACAUUGUAAUCUUGGGUCUGGACUGCGCAGGAAAGACUACCGUGCUCUAUAGGCUGCAGUUCAAUGAGUUUGUCAACACUGUCCCCACUAAAGGAUUUAAUACAGAGAAAAUAAAAGUGACGCUAGGCAACUCGAAAACGGUCACUUUCCACUUCUGGGAUGUGGGCGGCCAGGAGAAGCUAAGGCCGCUGUGGAAGUCAUACACAAGGUGCACCGAUGGCAUUGUGUUUGUGGUGGACUCUGUCGAUGUUGAGAGAAUGGAGGAAGCCAAAACAGAACUUCAUAAAAUUACUAGGAUAUCUGAAAAUCAAGGAGUGCCUGUUCUUAUCAUUGCUAACAAGCAGGACUUGAGGAACUCCCUCUCCCUUUCUGAAAUUGAGAAAAUGUUAGCAAUGAGUGAGCUGAGUUCUUCGACUCCCUGGCAUUUGCAGCCUACCUGUGCAAUCAUUGGAGAUGGACUGAAAGAAGGACUGGAGAAACUACAUGAUAUGAUCAUUAAGCGAAGGAAAAUGUUGAGGCAGCAGAAAAAGAAGAGAUGAGUUCUAUUUUGACCUUUCUGUUUUAGAGUAGUUACAUGGUCAAAAUUUGACAUUAAACAGCUUCCAAGCACAGGCCUACUUGUUUGGAUGCUGUUAAGCUUAGUUACGUUAAACAAUCAGUUGCACAACCUUGCCUUGUGGAAGGCUGUGCAGUUAUGGAACUUUUUUUUUUUAAUUCUAGUCUCUUCUGAGUUUUAUGGCUCUGUAUUAUUUCAGAAGUCCUAAUGAUGUAAUACUAUCAGGAAAUGGAUGGGUGGGUAUAUGUGACAUGGAUGUCUGAAUGGCCAAAUAAAACGAGGGGUUUCUGCUUAGUGUUGUAUUGAUAUGUUUGAGGGUGCCCUCUGCAAGCAGUUUGCAUUGAAGGUGUUCCGUGUUUUUAAACUUCUAAUG